UGAUAGACCCAUUCUCCAACACCCCCCUGUAACCCUGUAUUCCCAUGGUGAGUGUUGACAGGGGCUUUGGCGGGCGGACUCUUUGAGAAGAUGGCCUCAAGCUAAGAUCUGGGCAUGAUUCCUUCUUCGCUUCGUCGCCCAUCGCGUUUCGUACCAAGAAAUCAACAAUGGGAACCUCUCCCGAGCCAUCUGCCCGUAAGGUCGCCCUGGUAACGGCUGCCAGCACCGGCCUGGGUGCGGCAAUUGCCCGCGUGCUUGCGUUCGAGAUGGGGAUGAGCGUCACGAUAAACUACUCCAAUAACGUGGAAAGGGCAGCCGCAUUUGUACAGGAACUCAGAGAUACCUGGGAAUCCAGCCACGCCGCGGGCACGACACUACCGCCGCCGGUCUUCCAAGCCAUCCAGGCCAACCUCUGCAACCGAUCCGAGGUUAUCCGGCUCGUUGAGGAAGCAACGGCGGCAGCGGGAGGGCGUCUUGAUGUUGUCGUCUCCAACGUUGGUUGGACUCGUAUGCGAGACUUCUCUGACUUGGAAGAUGGAGUAGACGAAGAAGACUGGGAUCGAUGUUUUGGUGCCAAUGUCAAGGCACACCUGUGGCUCUUCCACGCCGCGCGGAGAUGGCUGGAGGAGAGCAACGCGCGCGAGGAGGGAUCUGCUGUAUUCGUGAGCACGGCAAGCAUUGCAGGCUGCAAGCCGAGCGGAAGCAGUCUGUCAUAUGCCGUCACAAAGGCAGCACAGAUCCACCUCAUCAAAUCCCUAGCUGUGAUAGCCGCCCCGUCAAUACGGGUGAACUGCGUCUCGCCAGGUGUUCUAUUGACUGACUGGGGACUCUCCUUCCCCCUAGCACGGCUUGAGGCGGUCAAGGCGGCGAACAAGCUGAAACGGUUUGCCACAGUUGAGGACGUUGCGGAACAGGUGAAGACAUUUGUGGCGUCCAAGACCGUAACUGGACAGAAUUCUAUAAUCGACGGUGGCUUUAGUCUCUAACUA